CGGAAAGUGGGAUUCACACUACCUCCCAGUACGGGGUAGAUACCGUGACUCGGGAUUGUUUUUCUCCACCGUAUUGUAGAUAGCCAUGAUUGGUUGCUUCCCUGGUGGGCCUUGCGGCCUGUAGCCGUAAUAGGCUAGACUCGAGGCACCGACGGUGAUCUCAGCUGACCCGCCGGGCCCAAACAUCAAGCAUUGGGGAAGCAUUUCCUCCAGCUAUCCAUACUCCUCGGCAAUCCGCCUUCUCGGGUGCACUGAAACCAUCCAACCGAUGGAUUUCGACGAUAUCGCACUGUCCCGGUUCGAAGGAUUGAAGAAAGAAUGGGUGAAUCGGUGCUCCCAAUCUGGCAGGGGCAUCUGUGACCUGGCCAACCGGUAUCGGCAACGCGAUGACUGCCAUCUUCGAUCCAUGCACAGCGGGUCCUUCAAUUUCAGCUUCCGUCUUCACUGGGACGACGGCGGCGAGGACUGGUUGAUUCGAUUUCCACUCGCGGGGAAGUCCAUGUUCCCGAAUGAAAAGGUUCAUGGCGAGGCGCUUCUCAUGAAAUACAUCGCGGACCAUACAUCCAUUCCCGUGCCGCGUGUGAUUGGGUAUGGGACCGACUAUGAGAAUCCCACUGGUCUGGGUCCGUAUAUCAUCAUGACGUGGGUGGAGGGGAGGAAGAUGUCCGAGUUACUUCGAAAGGAUGCUUCAUCGGGUAAAGAUGAAGCUCUGGAUCUUGAUAUCGACGGGGAUAUGCUCAGGGUGUUGUACGGACAAAUGGCACAUAUCCUGCUGGAGUUGUGGAAACUCGACUUUGAUCGUAUUGGUAGUCUUGGUCGGGAUGAAGGCACCGGCGAGUCGCGCAUCACAGAACGACCAGUAACCCUGGCGAUGAAUGAACUGGUUCGGACGUGCGGGCUUGUCGAUUCGACUCCCACGAGAACAUAUACCAGCUCCGCGGAUUAUAUUAUCUCUUUGCUUGAGUCACAAUCAACGCAUCUGCAGGAACAGCGGAAUAGUAUCUACGAUUCCACGGACUGUCGCGAGAAAUAUGCUUGUCGUCAUCUAAUGAAAGCUAUAGCGUUGAGCUUUCUAUCCGAGAAAGAUAAUCACGGUCCUUUUAAAUUGUUCGGUGAUGAUCUCUGUCCUGGGAACGUCUUGGUAAAUGAUUCCUUCCAAAUUACCGGUGUGAUUGACUGGGAAUUCUGCUACGCAGCGCCCGCCCAAUUCGCCGGCAGUAUCCCGUGGUGGUUGUUGCUCGAACGACCGCAUAGGAUUAUUUAUAAUUCGGGAGUCGAUACUUUCUUUGACCAGUACUUACCGAAGGCAGAUGUGUUCCUGCAGUGUCUGGAACAGAAGGAAGCAGAGCAGGGGAUUCCCUCUUCACACGAUAGACUGUCGGCGCGAAUGCGCCAGUCAAUCCGGGAUAGAAGCGCGUGGUUCAACCUGGCAUGUCGGAUGGUCCCGUCCGUCGAUAUGAUAUAUUGGGAUCUCGUUGACGAGUAUUGCUGGGGUUCGAGCGAAACGAUAGCGGAGAGAGUGUACAACUUUACUGCGACGCCUGAGAUGCAUAGGACGCGUGAGGAGUUCGUCAGGACCAAAGUUAAACAGCUUCAGGAGUACUAUGCCGAGCUGGGGGAGGACACUAAGGUCUUCUAUGAGGAAGAACAAUUUCGCAAAACGGAGCUAGAACGGGACAAGGAUAUCAAUCCCAAGAAUCUAAGUGGUCAUCUCUUGACGGGUGCUGUUGUUUUCUCCGCUCUGGCCUUUGCUGCUCAUCUGAUUCUAAGACGACAUCGUCCAUGAGUGUUCAGAAAGAAGUAAUGUCAAAAGAUAUUUCCAGAUCAUAGUGGCGACUAGAAAGAUGAAUAAAUCUGGACAAGUAAUGCAACCACAGGGUGGAUAUUAUCACCACUAGCCACUGGUACAAAACCCACAUCUCAAGUUUACGGAAUCAUUGCAAUUGAUAAGAGAUACCAUCAUGAG